AUGGUUGAAUUAUCGGAGAAGGAUGUAAUUGCAAUUGCAGUUUCAUCAAGUGUUGGUGGAGUUUGUUUAUUUUCCCUUCUACUCUCUGUCACUGUCUAUUCUAUUUAUUUAUAUAGGAGAAGAAGGACAAGUCAACAACAACAACAACAACAACAAUCUAUACCAUCAAUGACAACACCUCUAUUACAAAAUAAUAGUAAUAAUUUAAAUAAUAAUAAUUCAAAUAAUUUAAAUAAUUUAAAUAAUUCAAAUAAUUCGAAUAAUUUAAAAAAACAAGUAAAUUUACAAAUAAUUAAAGAAGGUAUUAUAAAAUCAUGUAUUCAAGAUAAAGAAGGAAUACUUGUUAAAAGUUCUAUUGCUAAAGAUUUACCAAGAUUAGUAAAAAAGACAAUUUUAUAUUUUAAUGGAAAUGAAACAUUUUCAAAUAUGGAACCAACAGUUAAAUCAUCACCAAGUAAAGGAGCAGAAGGUGAUAUUAAUUUUGUUUGUUGUAAAUUCCUUGCAGAGUUAUCAAAAUGUGUUAAUGGUUCACAAAAUGGAGUUAUGGAGCUAUCACAACAAGAUGAUCAACAUUCCUCUUAUGGAAGUAAUACAAGUAGUUCAUCACAUUAUAGUUUAUUAGCAGUUAAAGGAGAUUUAGAUAUUAUUGAUACGAGUAUGAAUGAUCCAAUGAUUGAUUUUAAAAGAAGAUCAACAAGAAUGUUAAUGAAUACUUUGAAUAACAUUUCGAAUAGAACAAAUAGUCCAGAUUCUUCCUCAAUGAUUAAUGUUCAAAAUUUUGAAACAUUUUCAAUCUUUUUAAAAGAAGUUUUUGGAGAACAAUCACCAGUUGUUAACAUUCUCAAAUUGUGUAGUCAAACUGCUCUAUUCGAAGGUUUAAAUCAAUUGAGACCUGCACUAAUGGAUGUUGGAAUAAUGUUUAAGGAUUUUAGAGGUAAAAAUUGGACAGUUAAGAUUUAUACAAAUAAUCAUGAACAUUAUCUUCAACAACAACAAAUGAUACUUCCAAUAGUUGAAGAGUCAAAUUCUCCUUCUAUAAAUGGAGAAUUGGAAGAUAAUUUUGAAUUGCCAACUAUAAUUCAUGAAAGAAUUGAACAAGUAAUUAACAUGCAAUUACAAAAUUUAUUUACAUUUACUUAUCAAUUACAAAUUGUAAUGGAUGAACAUUUUCAAUCAGUUCAUCGAGUUCAAUACAAGUUAUUGUCAAUUGAUUUUUCCAAAUCAAAUUUCCAAUCAAGCGAAAAAGAAGAAUAUGAAGAAAAAAUCAAAUCUGUUUUUCAAAAUGUGAAAUUUUAA